UGUAACUUGAUUUGAGUGAUACCCAGUGAAGAGAGGCUCCUCCCUCCACAGGGAUGGGGUGUCUGUCUGCUUUAAAAACUCCUCUUCAGAGUACCCAGCCAGUCAGAAGAGAGAGUCUGCAAAUAUGCGGUGUCUAGCCCUUGCCCUCAUCCUGUGUUCUCUGGCAGCAUUCGCCAACGCUGGCUGCUAUAUGGGACCAAAGAAAAUGGGAGCCCAGGACCCGUGCCAAGAUGACACUGAUAAGGACUGGCAUGAGGUGGGCUCCUCGUGGACCAACAGCCAGUGCAUACAGUGCUCCUGUGGAACCAGCAGAAUGAGCUGCUGUCACCGUAUGGGGAGGCCUUCUGGAUUCCCUGAGGACUGUGAGGUGCUUCGCGACUGGAAGCAGUGCACUUUUGAAGUGGUGAAGAAGAAUGAUCACAGCGUGCAUUGUCCCCAUGUGGCUGUUGGCAAAUGAGCUUGUGAAGAGUGAUAUACAGUGCAUGCCAAGCACAUGUGUAACAUUUUUAUUGUCAUUAUUGGUUGUCAUUACUAAUAAAUUGAGUAAGCAA